AUGAUUUAUGUGUACGAGCGCGGGCGCUCUCAGCUAACACUGCUGCGACUAGCCUGGACUAUUCAUUGGACCGCUGUCAUUGGAUGCCGUUCCGCCGAAGACGGCUACGCCGCCGUUGACAUCCCCUUCACCAUCAUCGUCAUGGGCCUGCUCAGUAUGGAGAAGAUCCCAGCCAUCAUUCGCUUCAUGCCUGUCCUGUUCAACCAGCUGUUCAAGGUUCUCACUCAGAACGACAACGACGAGGUCACUGCUGCCACCACCAGGGUGCUGGUCCACAUUGUAGCCAAGUGCCAUGAAGAGAACCUGGACCCCUACUUGCACUCCUACAUCAAGUUUGUGUUCCGGACUGAGUCACAUGGUUUCAGGACAGUACAUGAGGAGCUGGCCAAGGGCAUGACCUCUGACCUGAAGAGCAACGACCAGCCAGCUGUCAGGAACAUACUCCGGUUCUCCUGGUUCUUCAUGGAGCUGAUGGUGAAGUCCAUGGCCCAGCACCUGGUGGACGCCGACAAACUCAAGCUGCCGCGACCCCAGCGGUUCCCCUCAACCUACCUGAACCGUGUGGAGACCCUGGUGAUGACGGUGUCGGACCACGUGUUCUGGAAGAACAAGGACCUGGCUGAGGAGACGCGCAGCGCCAACCUGGCUGUGGCAGCCUUCGUCAAGCGCUGUUUUACCCUGAUGGACAGGGGCUUCACCUUCAAACUGAUCAGCAACUACAUCAACAUGAUCACUGCCACCGACAGCAAGGUGCUGUGUGAGCUGAAGUUUGAGUUCCUGAGGGAUGUGUGUAACCACGAGCAUUACAUCCCACUCAGUCUGCCUCUCCCCUCCGCCCGCAUCACAGACAGCGCAUCACCUGAAAUACAAACAUCCCAUGUGUCUGUCCCAGAGUACAGCCUGACAGGGGAGUUCUGCAGGAAGCACUUCCUGACGGGCCUGUUGCUACGGGAACUGGGCCUGGCAUUGCAGGACGAGCAGGACCUGCGUCACCUGGCCCUCGCCACACUGAAGACCCUGAUGGCCAAGCACUCGCUGGACGCCCGCUACGCCACCAAGGAGAAGCAGGCCAGGAUCGCCUCCCUCUACCUCCCCCUGUACGGUCUGAUCCUGGACAACAUGCCUCGCUUCUUCCUUAGGGACCUGUUCCCUGUUUACUUCCCCCCCAGCGACCAGGGGUCCCGAGAUGAUGUCAGUGUUGCAGGGGGCGUGGUCCCUGUCAUUCGCCAUGGUAACUCAGUAGAUGCCUCCUUCUCAAAAGAAGUUCUCAAUUCCAUCACAGCCUUCUCCUCUCUGGCUGUUGCCACGGGCAACCAGGCGGACUCGCGAGGCUCGCUUAUCAGCAUGGAUUCCAACCCCAGCACCUGUGACAGGACCAGCGAGAAGAUGGAUGGAUGUGAAAAGUUUGCCCGCCCGCAGUCUCUGAUUGGUUUCGGCUCUCGCUGUGACAAGCUGGACCAAUCAGAGACACGCAGUCUGCUCAUGUGUUUCCUCCACAUCAUGAAGACCAUCUCGGAAGAAGUGCUGGUGUCCUACUGGCACCGAGCAGUCCAUCAAGAGAUCUCUGACUUCUUCAACAUCCUGGAGUUGUGUCUACAGCACUUCAGGUUCCUGGGGAAGCGUCACAUUGCCAGGAAGCUAGCGGCGGCAGUAAAGCUGGCCCAGGCCACCCAGACCAAUGGCACGCUGAAGGGUGCUAACCACGCCCCCUCCUCUGGCCUCCUCCCGCAAUGGAUGACAUCAUCAGCGCAGGACGGCCAUCGCCACGCCCGCUCCCAGACCAUGCCCAUCAUCAGAGCCAAGAACGCCCUGACCAACCCGAAGCUACUGCACAUGAUGGAGACGGACGGGCCCAUCCCUGAGGGAGACUGUCUGAGCCCCACUGACAUUGAGGCCAACCUGUCUACCGAGGUGUCCCUCACUGUGCUGGACACCCUGGGGCUGUUCAUACAACACCACAAGAAGCAGCUUUUGCAGGACGAGGGUCAGAACGCUCUGAUAAAGAAGGUUCUGGACACCUACCUUCUCUUCUUCCACAUCAACCAGUCCACCGCCACCCUACAGCAUGUCUUCGCCGCGCUGCGCCUCUUCAUACAGAAGUUCCCCUCUGCGUUCUUCCAGGGCAAGGCGGACCUGUGUGGCUGCCUGUGUUACGAGAUCCUCAGGUGCUGUAACCAUCGCUCCAGCUCCACCCAGACCGAGGCCUCCGCCCUCCUCUACUUCUUCAUGAGGAACAACUUUGAGUUCACCAAGGGCAAAUCCAUCGUCCGCUCACAUCUGCAGGUCAUCAAGGCAGUCAGUCAGCUGAUAGCUGAUGCAGGAAUAGGAGGAUCCAGGUUCCCGUCUCUCGCCAUCAUCAACAACUUCGCCAACGGAGAUGCUCCACUCAAGAACACAGCAUUCCCGGAGGUGAAGGAUCUGACCAAACGGAUACGGACGGUCCUUAUGGCCACGGCCCAGAUGAAGGAGCACGAGAAGGACCCGGAGAUGCUGGUGGACCUGCAGUACAGCCUGGCCAACUCCUACGCCAGCACGCCCGAGCUCAGACGCACCUGGCUAGAGAGCAUGGCCAAGAUCCACGUCCGCAACGGAGACCUGUCUGAGGCGGCCAUGUGCUACAUCCACAUCUCUGCCCUGAUCGCUGAGUCUCUGAAGAGGAGAGGCUACUGGAGAGCAGACAAGGCCCGGAUGGUGCAGCUGUCCCCAGAAGAGGGUCCUGUCUAUAACUGUAGCUCCCUACUAACCCCCCGUGACCACGACACUUCCUUCUCCAUGGGCUGGGCAGCGUUCGUGUGCAUCAGCCCCAACGUGAAGGAGGAGGGGGCCAUGAAGGAGGACACGGGUACCCAGGACACACCCUACACCGAGGACACCCUGGUGGAGCAGCUGGAGCUGUGUGUGGACUACCUGUGGAAGUCAGAGAGACACGAGCUCAUCGCUGACAUCAACAAACCCGUCAUCGUCAUCGCCGUCUUCGAGAAGAGGCGGGACUUCAAGAGGCUGUCGGAGCUCUACUACGACAUCCAUCGUUCCUACCUGAAGGUGACAGAGGUGGUGAACUCUGAGAAGCGCCUGUUUGGCAGAUACUACCGCGUGGCCUUCUACGGACAGGGCUUCUUUGAGGAGGAGGAGAGUAAGGAGUUCAUCUACAAGGAGCCCAAGCUGACCGGUCUGUCAGAGAUCUCCCAGAGGCUGCUUAAGCUCUACUCAGACAAGUUUGGAGCCGACAAUGUCAAGAUGAUCCAGGACUCCAACAAGGUGAACCCCAAGGACCUGGACCCCAAGUUCGCCUACAUCCAGGUGACCUAUGUGGUCCCCUUCUUCGACGACACGGAGCAGCAGGAGAAGAGGACGGACUUUGAGCGCCAUCACAACAUCAACCGCUUUGUGUUUGAGACACCGUUCACCCUCUCUGGGAAGAAGCAUGGAGACGUGGAGGAGCAGUGCAAGAGACGCACCAUCCUGACCACGAGCGCCAGCUUCCCAUACCUGAAGAAGCGUGUGCAGGUGGUGGAGCAGCACAGCACAGAGCUCAACCCUCUGGAGGUGGCUGUGGACGAGAUGUCCCGCAAGGUGUCCGAGCUCAACCAGCUGUGCAACAUGGCUGAGGUGGACAUGAUCAGGCUCCAGCUCAAACUACAGGGCAGCGUCAGCGUGAAGGUUAAUGCAGGGCCUAUGGCGUACGCCCGAGCCUUCUUGGAGGAGAAGAAUGCCAAAAAGUACCCAGACAACCAGGUCAAACAGCUCAAGGAGAUCUUCAGGCAGUUUGCAGAGGCGUGCGGCCAGGCGCUGGACGUCAACGAGAGACUGAUCAAGGAAGACCAGCUGGAAUACCAGGAGGAGAUGAGGUCUCACUACCGAGACAUGCUGUCUGAGCUCUCCACUGUCAUGAACGAGCAGCUUCAUAGAGGUUCUCUCUCCUCUGCUGCCUGCUCUUCUCCUGCUCUCUCUAACACUGUCUCUAAGACUGAUCCCUUACACAAGACAACCCGGAACGGAACGACACAGCGGCUUUUAAACGGCCAUUAGGAUCGCUGGAUACUGGCCAGUGCCCCGGAGAAUCUGAAACGUAUAAAUGUAUUGGUACAGAGCAGUGACUGAUGGGAAAUGUAGUCCUAAGGUGAAGGAGGAAGUGUCCAGCAGUGUGUAGAUGUGAUGGUGGUAGUCAUAGAUACCAGGCUGUUGGAAUGGUACUUUGUUUUGGUUUAUGUAUGCUCUUUCCUCUAAGACCACCUCAGCUCUUAGUCUGUAUACACACACGCACGCACACAUUCACUUUAGACACACACACGCACACAUUCACUUUACACACACAUAUACACACACACGCACACAUUCACUUUACACACAUGCAAUACAUCAACAAACCCAUACUCACUAUACAUAUAAAACACACACGCGCCUUCUCUCCAAAACCCUGACCCUUUAGAAAACAGUGACCUUAUUGAGCUUGAGGUGCGUUCAACUGAACAAACAUUUAACCACAGUAUGUGUUCAAUAUUACCUACAGUGUUUCCAUUUUUGCUGUUAAACCAUUUUAUUUUCUGCCAACUUUGACUGUUACAUAAGGUUUUAUCUGAUGACAGUUGGAAAUGUGAACUCGGAUAUUAGUGUCAGUCACAUGACCUAAUCAACCCCACCUGAUUGGUUGAACCCACCUCUAGUUCCUGUCUGAAUGUAGAGCAGUACAGUGCUAACACACCCGGGCUCUCUGCAGCUCAACCCUUUUCAAAACGCAAAGUUUUAUGUUUUAUAACAUUUCUAUGACCGAUAAAGUUACUGUUGUUGUUAUUAUUUCCAGUACUGUUUUGAAUUGUAAAUAAGAAUUAUUAAUAUUUAAAAUGUUUCUUUUUUAUAAAAAAUAAAUAAAUAAAAAAAAACAAUAUAUGAAUAUUUGUUUAGCUAAAUUAAAAAAGGAAUAAACUAAAGUUUUAUGUAUAACCUUUAAAUAAAAUUUGUUAAUGU